AUGGAGCUUUUCCAUGGAGAGAGGGAGAGAGGAAAGCCCUUGCAGCUCCCUAAACUGAGUGCUGACCUUGGAAAUGCAGCCAGAGAAAGGACGUUCCCCAGCUUCAGCAGGAUUUCCAGCCCUUUUGAAGCCCCUAGCCACAUUGGCCAGCCCUCUCCACUUAGCAGGUCCUUAGGUCUCAUCUCUGCUGACCGAUCUGCUGCCAAUGGAUCGGUUCCUGUCUUUCCCAGCAUAAGGAAUGCAGGGAAAGGGAGCGUUGGGACUGACCUGAGGAAGGGGAUCAACAAGCCCUCACUUCCCAGUGUCCCCAUCAUCAAGCAGAGUGGCAGCUUCCCAGGCAAGGACUCAGUGAACUCCCUGCCAAGCAGUGCUCUGGACUUGCAGGCGUGUGGAGAGGAGGCAGAGUGUGGGUAUGGUUGGGAAGCCAGACCCUUCUCUCACCCCCAGCAGAAGCUGCUCGAGGCACUGAAGUUGCUCAGAAGCGACGACUGGGAGCAGAAGCUGAAGGGACUCUGCAGCAUCAGAUCUCUGGCUGUCUACCACUCCGAAGUCCUUCUUCACAGGCUUUGUGCAGUUUCCUUGGCAACUACCAAAGAGGUGAACAGCCUGCGCUCGAAGGUGUCUGGCUUUGCAAUUCGCACUCUUGGAGAGCUCUUCAGGACUCUGAAGAAGCAAAUGGACCCAAGAGUGGAUGGGAUUGCUUGUGCCUUGCUCCAGAAGAUGGGGGAUUCCAACAAGUUCAUUCAGGAAGCUGCCGAUGAGUCCUUGGAAAUGAUGGUGGUGAAUGUGACACCUGCACGAGCAAUGAGUGCUCUCCUAGCUAAUGGAGUCCAGCACCGCCACGUCCUGGUGCGGAAGUGUGCAGCCAAACACCUCCUGACCUUGGUGGAGUGCAUGGGAGCCGAGAAGCUCCUGUCAGGCACCUGCCAGAGCACUGAGGGGCUGCUGGGCACCCUGGUAAAGCUUGCUCAGGACUGCCAUCAGGACACAAGGUGUUAUGGAUGGAAGAUGCUGAAUAUAUUGAUGAGUCAUCAAAAGUUUGAUUGGUAUUUGAAAGAGUCUGUCCCCUCACGUGACUUGGAAGAAAUUAUAUCAACACUGAAGAAGAAAGGGUCAGAAGACCUUAAAUGUCAACCUCCAUCUGCCAAGGACCCCAGGAAGUCUAAGAAGAGCAACGUGAAGAUGUCCCAGGAGAACUUGCCUUCUGCUGGAGGUUUGAGGUCUGGCCUGAAAUUACUCGGUCAGAGAGUCCGUCGCCUAUCAGUUCGCACCAUUCGCACCGUGGAAGAGACUGAGCACCUCCUGAAGCUUUCCCAACUCCUGACAGCCCAGGAUUUUCAUGCACGAAUGGAGGGACUGGUGCUCCUCCGGGAUGACUGCAAAAACAACCCUCAGUUCAUUUCGAGGAACAUUGGUGAGAUUAUUGAUGCUUUUGCCCUGACACUUACUGAUUGCCACAAGAACGUGAGCCAGAGGGCGCUGGAGGUGCUGACCCUCAUGACACCCAUCCUCAGGGGUGCCUCAUCUCCUGUGAUGGUCUCUCUGGUGACAGCUGCCACUGACAACCUGAACUCAAAGCACUCAGGCAUUUACACUGCAGCUAUGAAGGCACUGGAAGGAUUUAUUAACCACCUAGUGCUUGUGGGACGUGUUUAUCCCCGGAAACCCCAAACUGUCCAGCGCUACGUCCUGCCUGCCCUCUGGUAUUUCCUGGGAAACAGAGCCCUGCCUGUCCGCAGUGGCAAUGUUCGGGCUGUGGUGGCCAAGCUUGUGAAGAGCCUCUACCAGGUGAUGGGCUCCACACUGAAGGAAGCUGCUGCCAAGCAGCCUCAGCAUGUGGUGAAGAACCUCCAGGACAUUUUGGACCAUUUUGGACUCGAAUAA